CGGCAGCGGCUGGGAGACGGGGACGCUCCGCAGCUACAGCGCACAAAGCGGCGCAAGGACAAUGAAUGCGUUGCUGUCUCUCAGCCGUGUCGCUCGCACGGCACUCAGGAGGCUGACGAAGGACCGAGCGCCGGCAAACCGCAGACUAGCAGCAAGCACAGCGGAAUCUCAGCCCUACUUUGGCCUCCUUGUUGACAUUGAUGGAGUGUUGGUGCGAGGAAAAACCCCCAUACCAGCUGCCAAGAAAGCUUUCAAGAAGUUGGUGAAUGUUAAAGGGGAAUUUUUAGUGCCUGUGGUGUUCGUCACAAAUUCAGGAAACUGUGUUCGACAAGCAAAAGCUGACCAACUAACUCGUGUGUUGGGAGUUCCUAUUUCUCAGGAUCAAGUUUUGAUGUCUCACAGCCCACUGCGAAUGUUUAAACGUUACCAUGAUAAAUGUGUACUGGUCUCUGGGCAAGGCCCAAUCAUGGAGAUUGCUAAAAGCAUUGGGUUUACCAAGAUCAUUACCAUAGAAAUGUUGCGGGAUGCAUUCCCCUUGCUGGACAUGAUGGAUCACAAUAGGAAACCUGCAUUAUCGCCAUCUCCACCUGUGAAGUUUCCUAAUAUUGAAGCCAUUAUCCUGUUUUGUGAGCCUAUCCAGUGGGAAACGCAUCUUCAGUUGAUUAUUGACGUCCUCUUGACUGCUGGAAACCCAGACAGCAUUCCUCAGCAGUUGCAGUACCCUCAUAUUCCUGUUGUGGCUUGCAAUACAGAUUUGCUGUGGGUAGCAGAGGGCAAAUCACCAAGGUUCGGUCAUGGAAUAUUUGUACUGUGUCUUGAAAACAUUUACAAGAAAAUCACUGGCAAAGAUCUUAAAUAUGAGCUGUUAGUAGGAAAACCAAAUGAAAUAACCUAUCAUUACGCAGAGUGUCUCAUAAGGGCUCAAGCUGCUGGAAGAGGAUGGCGGAAACCUAUUCACACACUUUAUGCCAUUGGGGAUAAUCCAAUGACUGACAUCUACGGUGCUAAUCUAUACAACCGCUACCUUGAACAGGAAUCUUCUAGGAAAGGAUUACGGUUACAAGCUAAAGUUGCUGCGGGAAAACAAACAGCUGCAGUUUCCCAGGAAGAGGAUCCUGAUAUAAUAGCAAGCGAACUGACACCAGGUUCUGCUACUUGCUGUAAGUCUGUGCUGGUUUGCACAGGUGUGUACAGUCCCUCUAAACGUGCUUUAGUCAGCCAAGAGGAACUUCGCACAGGGACUGUAUUUCAUGGGCACAGGGACUUUAGGUUUGAUGCUGAUUUAUCUGAUCCAGACUAUAUUGUGCCAGAUAUUGAUGCUGCUGUGGAACUGAUCUAUGACCUGGAAAGAUAUUUGCCAAAAUAACCUUUUUAAAGAUAGCAAGUCUCUACUUGUAUGCCAAGCUUACAACUGAACCUAGGAAAAGGUGGAUUUUAAAAAAUAAUUAUAAAAACAAGUUGCCAAGUUCAGUUCAAACAGACACCCAAUUGUCUUCUAUACUGUGUACUACUGUAUUUAUCAAUGACCCCACCGAACAUAAGUCUCAGUUUGGAAAUAUUGGGGCAAACUGUUAACUUUUUUCUAAUGCCCAUUCAGUGUGACCAGGUUCUUAGAUGUGUGACUUGUACAAGUGCUGAUCCCAUUACUUUUAAGAAAGUGUACAAUAAUUUUUUAUUAUUUGUAAGAAUUUCAGCCAAUCUCAGAUACAUGGUUUAUUUUCUCUUCACCCCUGCUCCAUCUAAACACAAAUUUGUACUUCUAUUCCAUCAUAUUGGUAAACGAACUGUGGCUGCAGGUUUCUACAUUGUGCAAAAUAUCAAAGUGCAUGGAAUUUAGUUUGAUCUGCUACAGUUAUUGAUUGCAAAGUAGACAGAACUAUCAAUAAUUUGUUGGAACUUUUAUUAAACUCAAACUUAUCCUUGAGACAAGAGUGAGAGCUGUAUUUUCAAACCAAUGUAAUGAAAAUGUUACUGAUUUAGCAAUGUUGCUUCAGUAUUGUUGAGCUGAAUGUAUAAAUACUUCAGCUGAUAGUCAUAAAAUCUCCCCCCUCAAAUCUGAAUCAUUCAACACAUCCAGGUGAAGAUUUAGAAUGUAAGAUGCAUAUAUAUAAAACCAGUAGAGCAAACCUAGUUUGGUGUCUAUAAUAUAAAGUUUUCUACUUUUCUCUACUAACGGUUAGGUAAUACAAAUAGGAUUUUACAAAUUAAUUUUAACUAUUCUAUUAUAAAAGUGUGGUCUAUUUUGUUAGUAACUUUAUAUGAAACAUAAAAGAUAAGUAGGAGUAUCAGUAGGCUAUUUGACCCAUUAAGCCACUCCAUCAUUCAACCUGAACAUGACUUGGAUCUUCUAUCUCAAAGCCAUACUGUGACUCUCUCCCCAUACCACCUGACACUUUAAGUCUCCAGAGCUUUUUAUAUUUCUUUCUUAAAUAUAUUUGGUGAUUUGGCCUCCACAGCCUUCUGUAGAAGAGGAAUUCCACAGUUUAUCUGAGUGAAGAAAUUUCCACUCCUCUCAGUCUUGUUCUGUAUCCUGAAACCCCAUAACUGUUUGAUCUAGAGCUCCCAACCAGGGGAAACAUCAUCUCUGAAUCCAGUCUGGCCAGCCCUUUGUGUUCUGAAACUUUUACAAAGCAGAUGUUACAACAGUGUGGAAGUGAGAAGAUGGACUUUAUUUUAGGAGUGUUAAAUGUUCUGUUAAUUUAUCUCCCCAGUCGAGUCUCUUAGACACGACUAAAAAUUUUCAGCUUUAUCUUUUCUGACUGCUUGUGAACAUUGACAUGACA